AUGGUGAAAUGGUUGGGCAUACCGGUCAAGGCUACUGUUGUAGCAUGCAAGGCUGAUGAAGCUGUUAAGAUGAUCUUGGAUGCAGUAGAGCAGAUGAUUGCUGAUGAUGGUAAUGCUGAGGACAUGGUGAAGAUAAACAAGAAGGGAGAGCCUGCUCUUGAUAAAGAAGGAAAUGUUCAAAUUUUAACCUCUCACACUCUUCAGCCAGUGUUUGAUGAAAUGGCGCACUACAUGGGAUGCUGUGAAUGUACCUGUCGACCACGAAGGUUGAUUACAGCAAUAAGGCUUGCUUCAAACAUAUUAACAUCCAAACCUGCUAUAAGGACAUUCCGUAAUGAUGCAUCGACAAAAUUAAAUAAUAGGAAUACCCAAUUUAACAGAUUUACACCUCCACACUAUUCUGUUGACUUUCAUUGGAAAUACUCAGCUGAAUCUGCCAGAAACUUCCUCAUUAUUAUCUGAAUACCAAUUACCCUCCAGAAGAAUCAACAUAAAAUCACAGAUCAUAAGACACACAAAAAGACCAAAAUUCCCCUCUUUUCUUCUCCUUCACCAGAACAACUCACCCUUGGUAUUUCAUUAAAUUGUUUAGAAGUAUAAAUGUGUUGAAUGUGUCUGUUGUGUGAAGAUAGUGGUGGCAAUAAAAAAAGACUACUUGUUUUCUUACAAUAACUGAAGGUGUUGGCCGAGGCGUUCAAUUGUUGGAAAAUGAGUAUCAGCAGAAGGUGGAGCUGUCCAAGGAGUACGCCAUGUUUUUGCAGUUUUGAUUGGUGAAUUAUCAUCAUUGGCUGGUGACAUAGGUUACUGCCUUAUAAGGGCUGCAACAAAAGCCUCUGACCAACCUAUGGGUCUACCUUCAUUUCUUACCUGACCAGGGUUUACAACAUUAAACAAAUUUGCCUCUAUGAUACCAGCCUACUUUGAGCUGAACGUAUAAAGUUUAAGGUUGAAGAAGGAGCAGAAGUGAGAACACUAAGACGAAAAAAAAACAUGGAACAAGGAGAAGAAAUGAGAUAUCAUUUACCAGUUUCUUUUCAAAACAGUUGUCCACCUUCUCAAUAAUACUAAUACCAGAAUAAAUAUGUAUGAAUAUUAAUGUUAUUGUGACCGUCCAUUUUUACAUUUUCUUAUAAGACCAUCAUAGUAUGGUUGUCCUUUUUGG